CUCCUCCAACUCGCUCGUGCGUUCGACGCGGCGCUCAUCCCACACAAGCAGGAAACGCGAAUGUCGACGCAGCAACCGGGAACCGCGCCCAUAAAACCCGAAUACCUCCUACAUCGCCCCGCACAACCUGCACCUGACGACGACGCCGCUGAGGGGUCCGGCAACAUCCGCCGCCAUGCUCGCGACUCUCGCGACGCCCGUGACGAGCCACGGAAGAGCAAGGCAGAGAGGAAAGCAGAGAAAAAGGCGCGCAGCGGGAUGAAUACGGGGCGGCGCUUCGGCAAGGUGCGGGAUGCGGGUGUGCAACUAUGCUAUGCCAUUGCGGGCGGUGGGGGGUGCGAAUAUGGCGAGAAAUGUCGAAACAACCACGAUGUCAGCCUCUACCUUGCCUCUCAGCCACCCGAGCUACGACUCCCCACCGCCGAGGAUGUCAAGAGGAUGUCAGUUCCGUUGCCCCUCGAGUCACAAGAUGAAUCACCAAUGGAGGGAGAAGGGAAAACAGAGAGGGAUGGUGGGGCUACAGCGACCGAAGGAGAAGCAGCAGUCAAGAGCGAGACACGGUGUCCACUAUUCGACGAGCUGGGUGUGUGUCAAUUCGGCUUUCGCUGUCGGUACUUGUCGGCCCACUCGAAACUAAACGAGAGUGGCGUCCUUACGCUCGUGACGGACGAGGACAAGCGGGCGCGUAUGGCUGUUGCUGGAGCGGAGAUGAACCGGCUGAAUGCAGAGGCGCAGAAGGCGCUGCGGUCAAAAAAGUACGCGUUGCCGAUAAUGAGCGCGUACCACAAGGAGGACACGAAGGAUCUGGCGAAGCGUGCGACGAAAGCGCCGGUUCGGGUAACGGAGGGUGGUGCAGUGAUAUUUGGGGAGGCGGAGCAGGAAGGACCUAUGGAGGUCGAUGAUGAUGUUGUCGAGAAGCGGACUGGCGACGCCGCGCCAUUGGAGGCAGCAGAAGACACCCCAGAUGUGCCGAUGCGAUGGACAGAGAAGAAGAGGUUACAGUGGGAGGGAAAAACAUAUCUCGCCCCACUCACCACCGUUGGUAACCUGCCCUUCCGGCGUCUCUGCGUGUCGUAUGGUGCAGACAUCACGUGUGGCGAAAUGGGGUUGGCGACUUCGUUCUUGUCCGGCGGCAAGGAGGAGUGGUCAUUGGUCCGACGACACCCCAGCGAGCGUAUGUUCGGCAUACAGAUCGCCGGCUCUAAAGUCCCCGCCGUGGUCGGGGCUGCAGAGGUUAUUGGACGGGAGCUCGUGGACAAGGGCGGGGGAGUGGACUUCGUGGACCUGAAUUGUGGGUGUCCGAUCGAUUUGGUGUUUAAAAGUGGGAGUGGAAGUGCAUUACUCGAUACUCCGGCGCGUCUCGCGCGCCUUGUCGCCGGCAUGUCCCGGGCGCUUGGCGAAGUCCCAGUGACGAUAAAAAUGCGCACGGGGGUGAAGGAAGGGCGAAACACGGUGCACAAGUUGAUGCCGCGGAUGUUGGGCGAGGGCACCAAGGGGAGUGCGGGGACGGAGGGUGAGAAGGGCUGGAUGGGCGUCGGCGCGAUGACGCUGCACGGACGGACACGGCAGCAGCGCUAUACGAAGCUCGCGGACUGGGAGUACAUCAAGACCUGUGUGGAUGCAGUCCGUGCAAGAGAAGCGGACGAGGACUUACCACGAAUUCCUAUUUUUGGCAACGGCGACUGCUACUCCGGCACAGCGUACUGGGACACCGUCGCCGCUAGCGGUGUCGACGGCGUGAUGGUUGCACGCGGCGCCCUGAUCAAGCCAUGGAUAUUCACUGAGAUCAAUGAGCACCGCGAGUGGGACAUCUCGUCGCGGGAGCGACUCGAGGGCAUCCGGAAAUACGCCGAGUUCGGUCUGACACAUUUUGGCACCGACACCGCGGGCGUGAACACGACGCGGCGGUACCUGUGCGAGGCACUGUCGUUCCAGUACCGCUAUGUCCCGCUUGGCAUCCUCGAGGUCCUGCCGGCGAAGAUGAACGAGCGCCCGGGGGCAUUCCGUGGACGGGACGAUCUAGAAACACUGCUUGCGAGCGGGGACAGCCGCGACUGGGUGCGCAUCUCGGAGAUGUUCCUCGGCCCCGCGCCAGAAGAGUGGAGCUUUGUCCCGAAGCACCGAAGCAAUGCCUAUGAGAGCCAGGGGUGA